AUGGGUCGCAUCAAACGCAACAUGAAGCAAAUUGAAAGUGAGAGAUCCCGCUUAUUAACGUAUGAAAAGAGAAGAAAAGGACUUACAAAGAAGAUAUACGAACUUACGACGCUCUGCGGUAUUGAUGCAUGCAUGAUCUGUUUUGGUCCAGUAGGCAGCCGAUCAUACGGACCUCAGACAUGGCCUGAGACUGAUAUGGAAGUAAAACGCGUAAUCAAUAGGCAUCUCGGUCUCAACAAGGAAGAACGAGAGAAACGAAAUCUCAAUCUCUCAAGCUUUUUUGAGGAUAAGAAGAAAGUUGAAGAGAAAGAAGAGAAAGCUGCCUUGCAGUACCCUUCAUGGGAUGAAGAUUUGGACAACUUAUCCGAAGAAUCGCUGCGAGGUUUGGUGAGGAAGUUGGACUCUAAAUUGGAGAUUGUGAGAAAGAGAAUCGAAUCGAUUAAUGGUGAGAAAUGUGUAGAUCUCAAUAUUCCCAGUUCAAAUCACUUGCUUGAUGCAUCCAACCAAAAGAAUGAUAAUGGAAUGUAUGUAAUUCGACGUCAACCGCUUCCUAUUUCGGAGAUGCGUCAUGAAGGCAUUGCUCCAAUGGAUAUGAUUCAACCUCAACCGCUUCCGAUCUCAUAUAUCGAUCCAUCGAAUCAAGUUCUCAUGGCACCAGGCCAUCCUUAUUAUCCAAUGAUGAUGUAUUAUCCGAUGAUGAUGUUCAAUGCAAAUACGAUGCAUUAUGGUGACUUCAAAUGUAGCAAUUACAAUGACAACAACGACAACCUUUGUCCGUCGGGAAGCUUGAAAAUCAGGGCAUCAGGGCCGUCAUCUUCAUCCCCGUCAUCUCUCAAGGCGUUGUUGCCACUGGAUUAUGGGUCACCCAAGUAUCCGGAUCUUGCGAUUAUGCACAUGCAAGGGAGGUUUUGA